CACUGCCCGCCCGGGAGCCGGGUGCCGCCGCCGCCGCCGCCGCCGCCGCCGCUCGCCCGCUUCCCCUCGGCCCGGGGGAAAGGUCAGCAGCGUCCUGGAGCCGCCGUGCCACUCCCCGACAGCCAUGAACUGCAGCGAGAGCCAGCGGCUGCGCACCCUCCUCAGCCGCCUGCUGCUCGAGCUGCACCACCGGGGCAACGCCAGCGGCCUGGGCGCCGGCCCCGGCCCGAGCAUGGGCGUGGGGGCCGUGCCCGACCCGUUCGUGGGCCGCGAGGCGACCAGCGCCAAGGGCGACGACGCCUAUCUCUACAUCCUGCUCAUCAUGAUCUUCUACGCCUGCCUGGCCGGAGGCCUCAUCCUGGCCUACACCCGCUCCCGCAAGCUCGUCGAGGCCAAGGACGAGCCGGCCCAGGCCUGCGCGGCGCACGAGUGGGCCGCCGCCGACGCCGAGACUGCCGCCGGCUCGCCGGCCCACGGCCGCCGCCAGCCCGCCCCCGGGGCGCCGCCCGCCCCUGCCCAGGGCACCGAGGGGGUCUAGACCCGCCGCCCCGCUGGCCCCCGCGCGCGCCCUCCGCAGCUCCCGCGUCCCUGGGCGCGGCGCCCGCCUGCUCCUUUCCUUCCCUUCCAGGCGCCGCCUCGCCUGAGGCCCAGACAAGGAGGGGCCCGCCGACCUUGUCUGGCAGGCCCUGGAGGAAGCACCACCCUACCCACCCCUGGCCGGCUUCUCCCUCCUCUCCACUCCUCUCCACUCCUCUCCACUCCCCCCGACCCCCACCCCGCGCCUCCAUCCCCCACCCCGCACACCCAACGGCACUAAACUGCCUCUGCUCUCUUGUCUUCAAACAGCCCUGACACCACCCUCCAGCCCCCUGGGAACUGAAUCCACCACGUCCAGCACUUGGCACUGAAGUGAAGCAGCGAAGUCUAUCCGAACUCUGGGCCGUCUAACGGGCCAGGGACUGCUCGCUCUGCAGAGCCCGCGGGCUUGCUGUCACUGCCAGGCGGCCGCCGCAGCUCCAGCUUCCUGUUGCCUUAGGGGCCGAGACAAAGAAAAUCAAGAGACCUCCGACAUCUUUCCCCUCCCCCCCUCCCUCCCUCCCCCUUGCAGCAAGGAGCUAGCAGGACACUAGGACCCGUCUGUGGGCUAGAACGGACUGAACCGGGGGCCGAAGGGGGAGGGAAGCUCCAAGGGCAGGGGAAGACCCAUGACCCCAACUGUAUGGCUUUCUUGCAUCCAGUUGUCAUCCCAAAGGUAACUUGCCCGAUUUUCAGCAGCUUUGCCGUCUUCUGGUGUGGGUAACCAUUGCUGGGUGUAAUCUCAGUACCUCCAAACGUCGCCCCUCCCUGCGUGUGGAUUCAGUUGUUACAGCGCUGUCUGCUUCAUGUAAGGUGUAGGGAACACGAGGCUCAGAUGUUGCCCUCCUCUGUAACCUGGGGGAAUGUCAGAGGCAGGU